AUGAAAAAACGACAAGUUAGAGAUUUCUUCACGGUGCAUGAUUCGAAAAAGUUGAAACUCUGUGAUUCUGGAACAUUGGUUGAUUCGGAUGAUCAUGAUCACGUUGAUAAUGAUGAUGAUGAUGGGAAGAUGCAUCUGACGACAUGUGAUGAUCGCGAUGAAAAUAUUUCAUCUGAUGAUUUUAUUCUUCCUAUUGAAAUUAAAUUAUAUAUUUUGGAAUUUAUUCAAUUUCCAUUGGCUAGGUAUACUUCCCUGUCGGAGGCUGGUUUUUGGAAGGAAUUGAGAAAGAUUACUGAGGUUAGAAAUGUAAAUUUGAAUACAGGAUGGAAAAUUGCUAGAAAGAUUGUUAGAGAUCGAAUGAUCAAGGCGAUGUUUGGUUAUUUUGUUGGGAAGGUGACAAACUUGGUGAAGGAACGAGAAGUUCAUCAACUGUAUAAGCAUGUAAAUUAUGAAUACGUUGGAAUUUGGGGACAAGAUGAAUUUUAUUCGAAUUUGAGGUUUAGAGACUUGAAAUCGAUUGAAUUUUCAAAUGAUUAUUCGUUUGCUUGUAAAUUUGAUUACUGGAGCUAUAUGCCAAACUUGGAAUCGAUCAUUGGGUUGAAUAUUGAACUAGAGGGACAUGAAGAAAAGUUCAUUAAUAAUGUAAAUAGAGACAAAUUGACGAGUAUUUCUUUUGCUAAUGCUAAAGGAAAAUUAAUUAAUGACGGAAAGAGAUUCUUUCAAAGUUUACCAAAUCUAACUAGGUUGAAAGUGUCUCCUGCCUACGCUUCAGAUAUUAUGGGUUUGGAAAAGUUGAAACAUCUCACAUUUACUGAAGGAACAAUGGGAUUUGAUAAUUUACGAUCCAUAAUUGAGAAAAGUGAGAAUUUAGAAACUAUUGAUGUGAGCCAACUGAAACUAAUUGCAUCUCCAGACCGAGUUUUUACCAGUCCAAAGAAAAAAAUCAAUCUGAAAAGUAUUCAUGCAACCAAACAUGGAUUUACACAUCGAGUCUUUACGAAUCUUAUCAGGAGUGUUAACUUUUUGCCAAAUUUAACAGAUUUACGAAUUGGAAUUGCACAAACUGAGUUGUUUGUAAUGGAAAACUUUACUAACUAUUGCCGAGAGUACUCUAAUAUAGAACACAUCUCACUCAAAGGAUUUGAAUUCACUGCUGAGUGUUUUAGUGAAAUGCAAAAUUUAAAGAAAUUGAAAAGUAUUCGGGAUGCUACAUUGAGAAGUUGUGAGGAAUUGGCAAAUAUUCCAUCACUCAAAAUACUAACAAUUGAUCCAAAAUGUAAUCACUCAAUAGAUUUCUCUCCACUGCACCAAUUAGAAGGGCUCUCUACAGUAGCUUCACUUUCACUUUUAAGAAAUUUCAAAGAUUCUAACUUUCUUCCACGUUUAGGAAAACUUUCUUUGGAAAUUCAAAACGAAUUGGCAAUGGAUUCUAUUUCUAACGAAUUUCUAACUUUGGGAACUUUUAGACCUCAUCUGAUUAUCCAUCUUUCAAUUGCACCUUUAAUUUCUGAAGAUAAUUACCACAACAUUUUGUCAUGUCCAUUAAUUGAAAAUUUACAUGUCAAAUGUAAUCAAAUUCCCGAAUCAAUUCAAUUUAAUACUACUUUGAAAAAGCUAACCCAACACGUCAACUCUCUUUUCAUUAUACCUGACCACUUGGCAUCCAAUCAAACUAUUGAGGAAAUUAGAAUUUAUGGAAUGGAUCCAAAUUUUAUGAUUUCAAGUUCACAAGAAUUAUUUGAUUUUGUGGAAAAAUCAAAAGCUACUUAUAUUUCAUUUGUGGAUCCAGAUAGAGUUGGAUUUAUUGAUAAGGGAGAACAUGAUCCAGAUGUUUUGCUUUGGUAA